ACUCUUCGGCAGUUGGGUGCAGCAGCAACAGACGCUCGAUGCUCCUCUCGAUGUGCAGAGAGGAGCAGGAGGAUCGGAUGAGCUCUGGGGAUGAAUGGCUCCUCUCUCUCCUUCUCUCUCUUUGGGAAGGUUUGCUUCUUUUUCUUUUCUUGCUUUCCUUUGGACUAGGGUUUUUCUCGCACCUGAGCUUUGGAGGCUGUAAGGAAAGGAAGCUUUUCAUCACUGAUGCACCUUUGUCUGGAUUUUAAAAAGUGAAUUAGCUGGGUUUUAUCAUUAUUACUCUUUUUAUUAUCUGUGACAUUAUUUUUCCUCCUGGAUCUAACCGACGUGGCGUGUUUUCCUGUGUGGAUCAGCUGAGUGGGAGGGUUCGACAGUCAGUGUCGCCCACUGAAUAUUUGUCCGCAGCUGACAGUGCUUGAUCUGGGAGAAAAUGUUGAAUAAAACGAGCUGAGCUGUAAAGGGAGAGAGCGAGGGAGAAGGUGCUGCAGCACCAGUUCUCCUCUGAAAAUGUGCCAAGUCUACCAGCUCCACAGGAUUUAAUUAUUUUUUUGCCUUUUUUCCCUUCAUUUUCUUCACAGGGACUAAUAUUAGUUUUCAUUUAUACAUUUUUUGUUACAUCUUUUGAAUCCAAAUUGAAGGUCAGUGGAGAGAUUUGCGCCAAUCUAUGAGCUAUGCUCUCAUUUUAACACCAACAUACUGGUGGUGUGCCUGUUCAUCACUCUCCUCUGUGUGUGUGUGUGAGUGUAAAUAUGUGUGUGUGUGUUUAUGUGUGUGUGCGCUUCUCCUUCCUCUAUCUCCUCUCCUGUUCACRAGAACUCACUCCUUCCUUUUUUCCCCCCCUUUGAGGCUCAGGCUGCGAAGGUAAAUGCUGGAUCUAUGUUUCAGCGCCCCUUUCUGGCUGUAAAAAUGCUGACCGGCAUCCUGUUUCUGAGCGUCCUAACGGUCACCAGCCUGUCACCACCUGAAAGGGAGAGCCGCAAAACCCCAGCUCUUAAAGACAUCUGCAAGAUGCGCUGUGCCUGCGAGGAUCGUGAAAACAUCCUCAACAUAAACUGUGAGAACAAGGGAUUCACCACGGUCAGUCAGUUCCAGGUGCCACUAAAUAAAAUUUCCCAGUUCUUUUUGAAUGGAAAUUUCCUGUCAAGGCUCAGCCCCAACGAGUUUAUCAGUUAUGGAAACGUCACCUCUUUGCAUUUGGGGAAUAAUGGACUGCAGGAGAUCCGAACUGGGGCUUUUAAUGGACUCCAUUUGCUGAAGCGGCUUCACUUGAACAACAACAACAUGGAGGUGAUUAAAGAGGACACAUUUGCUGGACUGGAGAGUUUGGAGUAUCUACAAGCAGACUAUAACUAUAUCAGCACCAUUGAGCCUGGUGCUUUUAGCAAGCUGAACAAGCUUAAAGUGCUGAUUCUCAAUGACAACCUGCUGCUAGCUUUGCCUCCCAAUAUUUUUCGUUUUGUGCUCCUCACCCACUUGGACUUACGUGGCAACCGACUCAAGAUGCUACCUUUUGCUGGAGUACUGGAGCACAUUGGUGGCAUAAUGGAGAUCCAGCUGGAGGAAAACCCUUGGAACUGCACCUGUGACUUGAUCCCCCUCAAAUCCUGGCUGGACACCAUCUCCGUGUUUGUGGGGGACAUUGUGUGCGAAACACCGUUCAGACUGCACGGCAAAGACAUUACUCAGCUCAUAAAGCAGGACCUGUGUCCACGCAGAAAUGCAGGAGAGCGUGCUCAGCCUGCUUCUGACUCCAGCUUCCAAGGAGCACCACACCCAACUUACCACGCCAGUGUCAUCACCCCCACGCGCUCCCCAAAAGCUUCCCGGCCACCCAAAAUGCGCUACAGGCCCACUCCUCGUAUCUCAAAGGACAGACACGUGUUUGGACCCAUAAUGGUUUACCAAACCCGGUCCCCUGUUCCCAUGCUCUGUCCCAGUGUAUGUGUUUGCACAUCCCAAAACCAAGACAGUGGACUGAACAUCAAUUGUCAGGAGCGGAAGCUACAGAACAUCAGUGAACUGAAUCCCAAGCCCUCUUACCCAAGGAAACUUCACCUAACAGGUAACUACCUACAAGUGAUUUACAGAAUAGAUCUAAUGGAGUACAGCUCCCUGGAGUUGCUUCAUUUAGGAAACAACAGGAUUGCAGUGAUACAAGAAGGUUCUUUUGAGAAUCUAACCAACCUUCGGCGGCUUUACCUGAAUGGGAACUACAUAGAGUCACUCUCUCAGUCUCUAUUUGGAGGCCUGCAGUCCCUCCAGUAUCUUUAUCUGGAAUACAACAUUAUUAAAGAGAUUUUACCACAAACAUUUAACUCUCUGCACAACCUUCAGCUACUUUUCCUCAACAACAACUUGUUGAGAUCCCUCCCUGACAAUGUUUUUGGGGGCACCAUGCUCACUCGACUCAACCUGAGGAACAAUCACUUCUCAUACCUUCCGGUCCAGGGUGUUCUGGACCAGCUGUCAGCCUUCAUACAGAUUGACCUGCAGGAAAACCCUUGGGACUGCACCUGCAAUAUUGUGGCUCUGAAAAACUGGAUGGAGCUGUCCAGCACCAGUGUGGUGGUUAAUGAAAUCACCUGCGACUCACCCUCAAAGCACGCAGGCAGGCUGCUGCGUUCUCUCCGCAAUGAGGCCAUAUGUCCGGAGCCCAGUGAGCCACCCCCACCCUGGUAUGCACCCUCAACAAAAGCCCCAACCCUAAUGAGUCCCACCACUGAAGCUGCCACCCCAUCUUCUCCUUCUGCCUUCUCUUCCUUUAGCUCAGUGAUGCCUACAGAGUCCCAUCUGAUGACUCCAGAGCUGCAUCCUGAAGUCCCCCUCUCUGUCUUGAUUCUGGGCCUUCUUGUUGUUUUCAUUUUGUCUGUGUGCUUUGGUGCAGGACUCUUCGUUUUUGUUUUGAAGCGGCGCAAAGGGGUGGAGCAUGUCCCUACAAGCGCCAACAAUUUAGAUCUCAACUCUUUCCAAGUGCAGUAUGGUUCGUACACUCCAGAACCGACCCAAAACAAAAGCUCCGAAAGCCACGUUUACAACUACAUCCACCCACCCGUCAGCUCUAUGUGCCAAAACCCCAUCUACAUGCAGAAGGACGGUGAACAAGUCACAUUUUAUCACAACCUAAAGGAGCUAAGCUUUGGGACACGAGACUCAAAGAAGGAUGACGUCCUGACUUGCAACCCAGGGACGUACACCAUCAGCACAGUGGAUUUUAUGGAUAAAUCACCAACUAUAUGCAGUCUAACUACCCCUGAGGCCCCAGAAAUGCUGUAUCAAAACUUAGGAGAGAGGCCCAACAAGGAGCUCCCAACAGCCGCAGGUGCUCCUCCAUACACUUACAACUUUUGCACGCUGCCUAAGAGACCCUGCAUUGUGCCCUCUUAUGGGGCCACCACAGCCAGGCAGCAUGUGGCCAAACAGGACAGGCUGAACAAAACUGUGCUUUACGGCACUCCACGGAAAUACUAUGGGCCAGAAUACGUUUAUAAAAACAACGAGCACCCAUCACUGCUGCUCCCAGGGAAGCUAAAACCAGAACCAGACUACCUGGAGGUUCUGGAGAAACAGACUGCAAUGAGCCAGCURUAAGAUAGCAACACAGUUCUACUCCUGGUUUUAUUCUAAUCACACAGUAACUGUCACAAUAAUCCUCACUAUAUAUCUAUUGUUUCUGUGUUUAAUUCCACGAACUGUAGGUGAACCAAAUCGUUUGAUGGCCUGUUUUUUUCCUCUUCUCUCGAUUUUUUUUCAAAGAUGUAUAAAAAAAUAUAAGAAGUAUAUUAUUAUGUAGUUCUAUUUUUCCCUUCUAAAAAGUAUAAAUUUCUUCUUCUUUUUGUUUUGGAAAUAUAAAACUCAUAAAGACUCUGAUGACAGCAGGUAUGUAAUGAGCAGGGACUGUGUAAAAUCACAGCUGUGUGCUUCUUGAUGAUGCUGUGUUUGAUUAUUCCUGUGAGGAAAAUGAAUAAAAGCAGUCCUUACUGUUUGUAGAAGAACUGCUACAGAUUGAUACUCCUGUAUAUAUGCACCCUACAGUUAAAUGGUGAGUGUUCAAAUAUAACGGAAAAAGCUUUUUUCAGUAGCCCAACAAUGGCAAAUCUUACUAUUAAUAUCCAAAAAGUGCCUUUGCACUGAUCUAUUUUAUUAACAAUGCUCUGCAAUUUUUUGAAGUGGUGUAUUUUAAUGAAUCAAAUCUUUAUGUAAAAUAGCAGAUUUAUUUGUCUGUUGAAAACAAAAAAGUAAAACAUGAACUUGAGACCAGGUGUGAAAUAAUAUCUAUUCAUUCUUGAAAUGGAAAACUUUAUUUUUUUCUUCUGCUUUGGUUAUGAAAUGUCUUGUUAUGAAGUAAAAUGUACAACUUCCAGAGAAAAUAUGCUGUAGAGGAGCAAUACAGUGCGGCAAGACUGCACCAUUAAAUUUUCACGGAAGCACUUUGUCAAGA